GGACCCCGGGCGGUGGCGGCGGCGGUCGCACCCCUGACGCGAUCCUAGGGGUCGCCCGAGCGCGGGAGUCCCGCGGUGCCCGCCGGUCCCGGCCAUGAGAAGGGACGAGCGAGACGCGAAAGUCAUGAGGCACCCGCCGUCGCCGGACGGGGCCGCCUCGCCCCCCGAGAGCCUGCGCCGGAACGGCUACGUGAAGGGCUGCGUGAGCCCCCUGCGGCGGGACCCCCCGCGCGGCUUCUUCUUCCACCUCUGCCGCUUCUGCAACGUGGAGCCGCCGCCGCCCGCCUCCCGCCCGCCGCCACGGCGCGGCGCCCCCUGUGCCCGGGCGCGCGUCUCGCUGGGCGCCCUGGCCGCCUUUGUCCUCGCGCUCCUGCUGGGCGCGGGGCCCGAGCGCUGGGCGGCCGGGGCGGCGCGGCUGCGGGCGCUGCUGAGCGUGAGCUCGCUCUGCCUCAGCCCGCUCUUCAGCAUCGCCUGUGCCUUCUUCUUCCUCACCUGCUUCCUGACGCGGACCAAGCAGGGCUCGGGCCUCGGCCGGAGCGGCGGCUGGUGGCUGCUGGCGCUUCCCGCCUGCUGCUACCUGGGGGACUUCCUGGCGUGGCCGUGGUGGUCGUGGGCCCCGCACGCGCCCCCGGCGGCGGUGGCGGGGCGGCUGCUGCUGGCGCUGAGCGGCGCGGGGCUGCUGGCGCUCGCGCAGCCGUCGGGGCCCAGGCUCUGCAUCCCGGUGCUGCCUUUCGCCGGCGCGGUCUGGUGGGUGGCGUUCAGCGGCCUCGGGGCGCUGCCCGCCGCGCUCCGCCCGCUGCUGUCUUGCCUAGCCGGGGGCGCCGGCUGCCUGCUGGCCCUGGGGUUGGAUCACUUCUUCCACAUCAGGGAAGCUCCUCGUCGUCCUCAACUGUCCAGCACCGCGGAAGAAAAAGUGCCUGUGAUCAGACCCCGGAGGAGGUCCAGCUGCGUGUCGCUGGGAGAAACCGCAGCCGGUUACUAUGGCAGUGGGAAAAUGUUCCGGAGACCUUCGUUGCCUUGCAUUUCCAGGGAGCAGAUGAUUCUUUGGGAUUGGGACUUAAAGCAGUGGUAUAAGCCUCAUUACCAGAAUUCUGGAGGUGGAAACGGAGUUGAUCUUUCAGUGCUAAAUGAAGCUCGAAAUAUGGUGUCAGAUCUUCUGGUGGACCCAAGCCUUCCCCCACAAGUCAUUUCUUCCCUACGGAGUAUCAGCAGCUUGAUGGGUGCUUUUUCUGGUUCCUGUAGGCCAAAGAUUAAUCCUCUCACACCAUUUCCUGGAUUUUAUCCCUGCUCUGAAAUAGAAGAUCCAGCUGAGAGAGGAGAUCGAAAACUUCACAAGGGCCUAAGUAGUAGGAAUAGUUUACCAGCUGCACAGCUGAGAAGGAGCUCAGGAACUUCAGGAUUGUCACCUAUUGAUCAGUCUUCAAGGUGUGAACGUAGUAAUGGCAAAAGGCCUCAUCAAGAAUUUGGCAUUUCAAGUCAAGGAUACUAUCUAAAUGGGCCUUUUAGUUCAAAUCUUCUGACAAUCCCAAAGCAAAGAUCAUCUUCUGUAUCACUGACUCACCAUGUAGGUCUGAGAAGAGCUGGUGUUUUACCCAGCCUGAGUCCUGUGAAUUCUCCCAGCCAUGGACUAGUGUCUGCUGGUUCUCUAACUAAUCGGUCACCCAUAGAAUUUCCUGACACUGCUGAUUUUCUUACUAAGCCAAGGGUUGUUGUACACAGAUCUCUGAGCAAUUUUCCCAGUACACCAGAUUUUUAUCAGCAUCUUAGAAAUUCUGAUAGCAAUCUGUGUAACAGCUGUGGAAACCAAAUACUAAAAUAUAUUUCAACACGUGAACCAGAUGGUGCAGACCUCCACAGUGGAAAGUCAGGUGAAGAAGAUAACACCAUUUUUACAGAAGAGUCAUUUAACUUUCUGGAAGCUCAAGAAGAGGAAGCAGAGAAGAGAGCCUAUAGAAAAUUAAUAUUGGAAGGUGAUAAUCACCUGUCCGAAGAGGCCCAGCAACAAAAUGUUGAACAGGAAGCAUCACUGGGCAUGACUUUAGUAGAAGAUUAUAACUCACUGAUAGAAAAGAUGAGCAAUUGGAAUUUUCAAAUAUUUGAGCUUGUAGAAAAGAUGGGAGAAAAAUCAGGAAACAUUCUCAGUCAGGUUAUGUAUACCUUAUUUCAAGACACUGGUUUAUUGGAAAUAUUUAAAAUUCCCACUCAGCAGUUCCUGAACUAUUUUCGUGCAUUAGAAAAUGGCUAUCGAGAUAUUCCUUAUCACAAUCGUAUACAUGCCACAGAUGUCCUACAUGCAGUUUGGUAUCUAACAACAAGGCCUAUUCCUGGCUUGCAGCAGAUCCAUAGAGGUCAUGAAACAGGAAGCGAAACAGAUUCCAAUGGUAGAAUUAAUCCUGGACGAAUUGCUUAUAUUUCCUCAAAGAGCUGCUCUGUUCCAGAUGAGAGCUAUGGCUGCCUGUCUUCAAAUAUUCCUGCAUUAGAAUUGAUGGCAUUGUAUGUGGCAGCUGCCAUGCAUGAUUAUGAUCACCCAGGGAGGACAAAUGCAUUUCUAGUGGCCACAAAUGCACCUCAGGUAUGAAAUACUUUUUCAGAAAGUUUAAAGAGUAAUUCUGAAAUUUUAUAAUCAUGCUGCAUAUCCUUUUAUUAACCAUUCUCCAUUUGGCUAUUUCAUUUGACUCAUAAGACCCUACAUUGUAAUUAAUGAGAUAAAAACACAUGACCUUGACAUGCUUUAUUGAUACAGAAUUAGGAAAAAUCACAUUCAUCAACUAGAAAAGAGUAAGCAGUUUAUGAAAUAAUAAGUCUUUG